AUGUCAACAGAGACACAGUUGAUCCAAUCAUGGAUCAAAGACAAUGGAAAUGCAAAAAGGAUCAUCCUUCGUAAAGUCAACACCAUCAUAUUGAACAUCAUUCCGGAUGAUGUUUCCUUACUAGCUUGUGAUGCUUGGACCAUACUAGCUGAUCAAUUUGAUUGCAUUGACAUAUCUGUUCAGUACACCAUUAAAAAUCAGCUGAAUGACCUGAGAAUGAAAAAUGCAGGUGAUACUCAAUGCUAUGUAUCAGUGCACAUCUCUGCAAAUGAACACUUAUCAUACAUGGGGGCACCACUGAACAACUUGGAAGCCAUCUAUUUAUUGCUUUGUGGAUUGCCUGCCACUGGCCUAUGGACAUGUGUCCACAAAAUUAUUGACAUCCAGCCCAUCCACUUUGAGCAACUUAUCCAGCAAUAA